AUGUUCGACGAGAACAGUAACACCGCCGGUGCUGGAGCUGUGGUGGCUCAGUCUGGUGUACUUGCUCCAGGGAGUAUUCCUGGCAAUGUCUCAGCUCCAAACUCGGCUAUCGUCACGCAAUUGCUCAACGUCAAGGACAGCCGUUGGCUUCAGGUAGAAGUAUGUCGUGAAUUUCAACGUGGACAAUGCGCGAGAAGCGAUUUGGAGUGCAAAUUCGCUCAUCCACCGCCACAUGUUGACGUACAACAAGGGCGAGUAACGGCAUGCUAUGAUAGUAUAAAGGGUCGAUGUACGAGGGAGAAUCCGAAGUGCAAGUAUUUGCAUCCUCCACAGCACAUCAAGGACCAGCUACUAGUCAACGGUAAAAAUCAUUUGGCGCUAAAGAAUCUGAUAUCAGCGCAAUUGAACCAAACGGCUACUGGUCAACCGAUUGCAGUUAAUCCAAUUGCACAAAUUAUGCAACAACAACAAGCAGUCGCAGCCGCGAACAUGAUGCCCACACUUCCAUAUCCGUACUACCAGGGCUUGGUGUACUCUCCAGUACUUCAAGCUGCUGAUCCGUAUCAGGCUGCUGUCACGCAGCAACUGCAGGCGGCUGCGCUUCUGCACGGAGGGGCCGGCGGCGGCCUGUUCGCCGCGACACCGGCGCAGCUCGCGCAAGCUGCCGCCGCCGCCGCCGGCGUCGCGCUGGCCGCCGCUCCGUCGGCUGCCGCCACCGCGCUCCAGCUGCCGCCUCUGAAUGCCGCCGUUUCCGCUGCCGCCGCCAGCCGCAAGAGGCCUCUGGACGACGAGUCGCUUGCCGGCGUCGAUCCACAGCAGGCGCACUUCUUCAAUCUGGCUGCUGUCGUUUCCGCUGCGGCCGGUGUCCCUUGCAAACGUCCUGCCGUUGACAAGAAUGGAGCUGUUGUGUACUCAGCGAAUCCACAACCAGCUCAGCAAUUCACUCCCUACGUUCUACCGGGUCUUCAGGGCUAUGUACCUGCUGUGUCAUGUAAGUGUACUACAACAAAACCAAAAAUGAACGGCUCAACUGCACAUUAUGGUCUGCCUCUUGCUUGA